GGACGCAAAUGGAAUAACGAUAAUAGAGCCUUCAUUCCUACAUAAUGAUCAAUCCCAUGACUAACUUACUAUGAUUUCAUGUGCGCGUCCUACGACUUACCAAACCCAGGCCGUGGGUCUUACUACCUUCGUACCACUUUUACUGUAGAUGACAGUCAAUCUACCGUUCCGACGAUCCAAAUCGUUCUCUGCUACGAAAUCAGUCUCCGUAUCUCAUCCGCAAGCCCAACGGGGGAAUAAAUAAGGCUGCAAUCAAUGUUAGAACACUGUUACUCCAACUAUACCCAAAGCCUUGAUACAGAGGAGGGCCAAUCAGCACGAGAAAAGCCCCAGCAAAUGCGCGGAAGAUCACGCCAGCACCUAUAGCAGAUGAUGCAUGAAUCUUGUGAACAUCCACUACAUAUGUUUCGAUUGGUAUAGUGAAAAGCGUCAUGCUAGAUCCCGCCACAGUGGUUCCGAUAAGUGGUACAAUGUACUGAACUUGAAACUCCGAUGACCAUCCGUAGAUUAGAACGCCCAUGGGAAGAAUGAUUUUGGCAAGGAGUAGAUGUAUUAGCCGCGACUCCGCCUCGAAUGCUUCGCCCUUCUUUUUUUUGCAGAUGGAUCAUGUAGCGGUCGGGAGUGAGACUGUAGAAGAUAAAAGCGAUGGUAUUGCCAAUGGCGAGACUCAAGAAUUUAAGGCCAAUGGACCCGCGAGAAAAGACGUUUGGGUACGUUGAUUCCAUGGUUUCCGUGAUUUUGGCAAGAAUAAAUGAGACUAAAACGUAUUUUAUUGUCAUGUAACUCGUCGUCAGCAUGAGGAUGGGAGAUUGGAUCAGGAUGUGCAACGGCUUCAUAACGCUUUCGAUAAUGGUGGUUGCAUCAACGCGCACCUGAUGUUUGGAACGGUACUGUCUGCCAUCCGUGCUUUCCUUUUGUAACCGCUUUGCCUUCCGCUUCAGAAUGAUGACUGCGUAUGUCUCCCGGUACACAACCAGUAAGAGAAAGCUAAAGAAUCCGAACACGAUGGCCGCUAGCAAAAUCGAGCAUCGCCAACCCAGAUCCUGUGCGAUAUACGAUCCUGCGAUAGGUGAGAUGAAAUCUGCUAUCAUCUGAGUUCCCAUGACCAAUGCCAUGGUCACGGGAAAGGAUUAUUUUCAGUUGGCGAACGGAAGCGUCUACCCGUUCUCCAUCGGGUUUAGACCGGAAAUAAAAAGAACAGGUGCCGUGUAUACCGGUUCUCGUUUCGUCUCUCUGUGAACUUCAUUGACGAAGCCACUCAAAUUUUGUGGACUAGUGAAACCCUCAAACUUAUCAUCGUUCUCGUCGUUAGGUUUCUGUCUCUUCGCUAGCAGAAAGCAUACUCUAGCAACUACAGCUUUCAAUUCUAACGCAUUUGGCUCGCUAUUACACUUGGUAUUAAGAGAGGCGUCAAGGAGAAUAUACUCUAUGAAGACGGAGUAGACCAUGGGAGAAGCACUUCAUUCCGGUCCCAUUGAGCACUUAUCGAACAAAAUGGAGAAACCGCUGCUAGACGAUCGAUUGUACAGGGUGAUGGAAUUGCCCAAUCACUUGAAGGUUCUUUUGAUCCACGAUCCAGACAAUGAUAAAACUGCUGCUGCCAUGGAUGUCAACGUUGGUAGCUUCAGUGACCCGGAUGAUGUGCCAGGGACCGCGCAUGCGGUAGAACAUUUCUGUUUCAUGGGUACGAAAAAGGUGAGCUACCGAUAUACAGACAUCUUGAACACCCAACAGCGUACUAAGGAACAAAUACUGAUAUCAAUCGCCUAGUAUCCGGGAGAGAACGAAUAUAGCACGUAUCUGACCAAGUAUGGUGGUAACUCGAACGCCUAUACGGCCUCAACAUCAACCGAUUACUAUUCCGAACUAUCCGCGAGUUCAACGUCUAAUAGUCCGGGCUCAUCCGCAACUGUAAAGCAAUUCAAUGUUUCAAUCUCCAAAGGCAAAGCCCCUCUUUAUGGCGCUCUUGAUUGUUUUUCGUAAUUCUUCAACCAGCAACUCUUUCUCGCGGAUACUCUGGACUGCGAGCUUCGCGUUGUAGAUUCAGAAUACAAGAAGAAUCUUCAAAGAGACGCGUGGCGGCUUAUGCAACUGAGACGUAACACUUCGAGUGAUAAACAUCCUAUGAAUAAUUUCGCAGCUGGCAAUUAUCAGUGCUUGAGUGAGGUUCCAGUGUCCCGGGGCGUCAAUUUUCGGAAGCGCUUCAUUGAGUUUUACGAGGCGUAUUAUUCGGCCAGCCGUAUGAAGUUCGUAGUUCUGGGUAGAGAGUAACUGCAGGAAUUAGAGAGCUGGGCUCAAGAGCUCUUCUCGAACGUACCGAACAAAGACCUGCACUAUUUUAGGUUGAAUGGUAUGCCAGUCCUAGAUGAGCCGGAGCUCAAGACUCAAAUUUUUGUAAAGCCGGUGAUGGAGCUGAGACUUCUAAACAUUGAUUUCACGUACUCCGACGAAAAAGACCUCUCUACCUCCCAUCCCAGUCGAUAUCUGGAACACAUGAUUAGGCGCGAGGGCUCUAGUAGUGCCUUUGCUUAUCUUAAAGGAGCUAGGUCUUGUGGACUAUUUGUCCGCCGAGGCUUCUGCUCAAUGUCCAGGCACAGCUCUCAUUUAUAUUGAAACCCGACCCACUGAAAAGGGGAUGCAGCAAUACCGGGAGGUAAUAAAAUCAUUUUCCAAUAUAUUGCUAUGCUGAAAGAGAGCCCACCACUUGCGUGGAUCUCAGACGAAAUGAGCCGCUUGGCAGAGGUGGAGUUCAAAUUCGGGCAGAAACUCCCUCCAUCCCAUACUGUAAGCAGUCUAGCCCAGCUCAUGCAGAAAGCUUGUAUACCACGCGAGCAUUUACUGAGUCCUUCCCUCAUUCGCAAGUUUGAUCCGGAAAACGUCGAAUGCGCCCUAUCUCAUCUGCGUCCUGAUAACUUUCGAUUUUUUUUUGUUGUGGAUCAGCAGUUUCCGGGAGAUUGAAACGCAACUGAAAAAUAGCACGAGACUGAAUCCAAGCUCGAAAAGAUUCCCGAAGAUUUCAUCCAAGAACUUUGGACCGCAGUUCGGGCGCCGGUCACAGAGGCCCUCUAAAGUUCACUUGCUAGCUGUGAACUAAUUUGUUCCGCAACGAUUAGAGGUUGAGCGGAAGGAUGCCACAGAUCCAGCUCAACAUCCUACGAUGAUUUGCCAUGACGAUAGUGUUCGUGUGUGGUUCAAAAAGGACGAUCAAUUCUGGGUACCAAAAGCCAAUAUCAAACUCUUUCUUCGGUCGCCCGUGGCCUCGGUUACUCCGAUGAAUACCAUCAUGAUCCGUUUGUAUGUUGAUUUGGUAGAAGACAGCCUCAAGGAAUACACUUACAAUGCAGAAAUAGCUGAUUGGAUGCGCAUCAGCAGCAGAUUCGGCUAAACUCGAAUGUCUGCGAGAAGUCGAUUAUGACACGUUCGGAAAUGCAUCGAACAGUGUUUUUGCUUAUCUCAGGUAGGUUACAAUUCCCUGGCGUUUAGUGACGCGCCUCGGCCAAACGGCCGCGUUCCCACUGCCAUUCCGGAAGUUCUCGCCCAGAUAUGGAAGUACGCAAAAGUCCCACUGAUCAUCGGUAACCAGGAAAACGAGGUCAGCAAGCCGUUAUAAGACUUCAUAUUCAAUCACGAUGAACUAACGGGAGCUCAAGGGAGCUGUAUUUGCUCCGUACCAGUCCAGCAUCACCACUAAAGUAGCGUUGACCUCGUGCCUCAAUGGUGUCUUCUUUCAAAAUGCCACAAGAGACGAGAUCGCAGGAUGUUCCCAUAGACCUAUAGAAGGUGUGGGCUGGUGUGAGGUUCCAGAUCGCAGUAACAGCUUCACUUUGAUCGCUAGGAAGGCUGCUUAUUAUAAGCCUCCACACACUCCAAGCUUAACGUGAGAUAUAUUCUGGUAAAUAUCCCAUAGAAAGACCUAGGUCUUGAACCCGCUGCAUUUUGUCGUCAAUACUUGAAUAGCAAUCUAUAAUGUUUAAAAAUAGACUGGCAAGGUUCUCUAGGCGACA